CCCAAAUCUGUGAGAAACAAAAACUUGAAUUCACUUUUGAAUAUUUAAGUUACUGUCCUACUUGCAACAGGAGUGUUGAAUCUUUUUCAGCCCAAGGGUAGAAUUCAAUGUUGGAAAAGCUCCGGAGGGUUUGUGGAAAGACCCAAAGGAAAAUGGGUAGGGCCAAAUUACUAGCAUAUUUUAGAUUAAAGCUGAUUCUGCAGAAGAAACAUGUCAACUUUUUAGAAUGGGGCAAAGCUGUACAAAAGCCAGGUGACCACCAAACAAUUGGUGCAAGGCUGUGUGGCCUUAUGGAAAACUUCAGGGUCCAUGUUUGAUCCCCAAGUCCGAACCUGGGCUUGUAAUACAAUCCUGAUAAUUACUCAAGCUCUGCAAAGUUGAUCAGGACUUAUCUUUAGUUAGGGGCAUCCUAAAGUAUAUCUGUCAGGGAAAGAAUGCUGAGCCCAAGAUUCCAUUUGCUUCACCCUUAGAGCUCCAGCUGUCAAUCACCUUUGGGGUGCAGGAUGGGCUGGAGGCACAUUAGCCCUUGCCCUGAUCAGGAACUCAAAGACCAUUCCCCGACACUUUCCUCUGGUCUCCCCUUUGUCUCCAUCAAGGCUAAGAGGAGAGCAAAGCCAAGCUUCCAUCAUCUAGUGAAGGUGCAACUGCUCCAGUGCUUUCUUUUGUAUCGUGUAUGUGACCAUGAAGUGGGUAAGGGCUGCCUUUUAAUGGCUUCACUGUAUUUAGAACAGGCUUCCUCAACUUGGUUCCCUGUAGGUCGGUUGGACUGCAACUUCCAGCAUUCCCAGCCAGCAUGGCCAAGGCCGCUUAACUGACUGCCACUGCUCCUUCACUCCCUUCGAAUGCCGGCAGGUGCCUGUUUCAAAAAUGGCCGCUUUGUCUAGAACUAAGGUUGCUGCAGCUGUUCCUCCUUUCACUCCCCCGCUUCCAGUUUCUAAUAUGGCCACUGAGAAUUCAGAGCUCCUCCGGUCACAUGAUAAGGAAACACUCUAUAUCUUCUCUCUGUGGUCCCGCGGAACGACUCCGAGCGAGUGACUGGUGUUUACGUGCCGAGAACCAGGCUAGAUGUAACUCCGGUACGGAAGAGAGAGGAGGUCGGUGGGCGAAGGCAAGACAAGACAAGGGGGUGAGGGCAAAAAGGGGCUGCUGCGAUUGGGGAUAGGGAAGAAAUCGAUGUGACAGAUCCGUAUAACUCGAAUUACAGUGGACCGGCUUGAGAACAGAAACAAACCACCCAUCUGUGCCUGCCCCAGUUGAGGGGUGACCUGCAGGGCUCAUCAUGGCACAGCAACGUGGAGUCAACAGCCUGCGUUUCAACCAGGAUCAGAGCUGCUUUUGCUGUGCUAUGGAAACUGGUGUUCGGAUCUAUAAUGUGGAACCACUUAUGGAGAAAGGGCACCUUGAUCAUGAACAGGUGGGCAGUGUGGGCUUGGUGGAAAUGCUGCAUCGAUCCAAUCUCUUGGCUAUCGUGGGUGGAGGGGGCAACCCCAAAUUCUCUGAGAUCUCAGUCUUGAUCUGGGACGAUGCCCGUGAAGGGAAGGAGGGAAAAGACAAGCUGGUGCUGGAGUUCACCUUCACUAAGCCAGCACUGGCUGUCCGCAUGAGGCAUGACAAGUAUGUAGGAGACUCAUCCUGUUUCACCUGGUUUGAGAGGCUGGGUGGGAAAGGAGAUUGAGGAGCCAUGCUGUUCUCAGCAGAGGAAGAAUUUAGAUAUGGAUGGCGUGAUCUCCUAAUUCUGCCAGUAAAUACACUUGUUUUCCCCAAAUCCAGAUGUUGUACUUAAAACUAGACUGUGCAUAUUGAUGCAGCUUGCAUACAGUAGACUCUGUGUAACAAUAUUCAAGCUCGUACCUUCCAGAUGUUUUUUAAUGCAGCACCCAGCAUUUCUGACCAUUGGCCAAAGCUGGGGCUGAUGAGAGUCAGUGGACUGCAAAACAUCUGGAGGCCAGCAAAC